GCUGGUGAUGCUCAUAUUCUGCUACCUUGCAACAUGGACAGAAUUAUGUGGAAUGCUCAGAAGAAAUUCAAGAUUGACAAACGCAAGCCUUCAGACUUGCAUCCCCUCAAAGUUAUUGAAGGUUCAGAUAUUUCAUGUUCUAAAAAAAAAUUUGUUGAAGUACAAGUCUGUAUCAGUUAGUAAUUGAAACAUUUUUAAAUGUUAUAAAAUUAUGCAACAUGCUAGUUACAGCCUGCCCAAACAAUGGCGGCCUGAAUAUGUGAACAUCUUAUCUACUAAAGUUACUUGACAAAACAUGCAUUCAAGUAACACACUUUAUAAAAAUUCUAAUUAGUGCUACCUAUAUAAAUUAUCUAAUAUCCCACUCCUUUUUUUACUAAAGAUUUAUAAGACCAUAUUUAAAUUGAGAUUAUUUCCUAUAACAAAAGUAAAUAUUACGCACCAAAGCCAUUGGCAGUAUUUUUAAGAAUCUCAUUUGGCACAGUUAUCUGGAAUUUUAUUUUGCGCACCAAUGAACCUUAGCCUUAGUGACCGACAUUGUUACAUAAGGAAUUAUGUCUGUUGAUCUUUGACUAUCACCAGUUCAUUUGAGAGAAACUGAUGGUAUUUAUUCCUAACUUUUCGUAGGUGUGCGAGACUUGUGUCGUAAGCUGCUCAUUGUGGUAGGAGAAGACAAAAUUUCUUACCAGGCUAAUGAGAAUGCAACUAUGCUGAUGAAAGCUUUGAUUCGGGCAACUUUAUGCACCAAGAGAGUGGCUGAGGAACACUGC